AUGGCGCGCAAUAAGCGCUCCGCAAGUCCAGAACGUGCCAAGAAGAAGCGCAAGGUCGUGUUGGUGAAAGCUCAGGCAGCUGAGCAGAGAGGACGCACUGGAGCAAAGGCAACUGCCAAAGCUUCAAACCGACCAAAGCCAGCGCCUAUCCCUGGCGGACCAGCAGGCCGCUUGUUGCAAUUUCUUGGACAUGAACGUGCGGAGCAUCCUCGAUCAGGCUCUAAUACGGAGCGUGCCGCCGAAGCGCAGGUGGAGCAGGGAAAACCGCAGCCAGUAGCGCAGAAGGUGCAACCUGUCCGGACCAAACACAGCUCGCCGAACAAGACCACGAAGAAAGGUGGCAAAUGCGCUCCCGAGAGUGACUCUGAGUCUUCGAGUGACAGCAGGAGCAGCAGCCCUUCACCCAGCCCAUCUCCAAUCAUGGCCCCUGCCGUUGUGCCGGCGAAGGUGCCAAAGAGGCCGAAAGCGGCGUCUCCCAAGAAGGAAGCGGUGAAAGUCGGCAAGGUCAAGAAGCGAGCGGCUCCUCCACCUGCUUUGGCACCACCAGCUGCCAAGGCCAAGAAAAUAAAUGAUGGCUCUAGUGUCGCCACAGCUCCUGCGAAGCCAAAGAAGACUUCCGAAGUUCCAGCUCCGGCACAGGUGAAAGCCAAGAAAACCGCACCUGAAAAGACACAAAAGCCACCAAAGCCAUCAGCACCAGCUGCUGCACCACCAACGACACAGCCAGAACUAUCUGAGCUGGAUCAGAUGGGCCUGCAGGAUGCAGUGUUGGAAAGGCUACGAACACUUUGUGACAAGGACGUUGAUCCCAAGGUUCUGGCCGAAUACAUCGUCGUCCUUGCCCAAAUGAACAAAGGACCUGAUCAUCUAUCAGGGGAGUUGGAGGCGUUCUUUUCAGACAAGGCGCUGCUACAAUCGUUUGUCAGAUGGGUGGAGGAUUCCAAGUGGUCGUUCGUUCCCGGAGGGCAGCCGCUGAAGCCAUUGAGAAGUGCUCAAGGCGGCAAAGGUGCCCAGCAAAUUGACCUCAGGGGUGUAGCGCCAGACACAAAUGGGACAGCGCGCCUGGCGAAGAAUGUUGAGGCUGCAUCUGCCGGACCAAAGACUGUCCGCCAGGGCCCGCACGUGGCUGUCACUAGUCGAGUGGUGCUGCAGCCCAACCCGAAUUUCGACAUCACACCUCCAGUAGCAAAGGCUCCUGUCAGCAGUCCCAUCAAGAGCCCUGUUUCGAAGGUGACUGCGAAGGCGCCGACGACCCGGGUGAUGCCAUACACAUUGCCGCCUCCACACAGUGCUGAGGCUCAGCAGGUGCAGCUUCUUGGAGAAUUUACAAAGACAUUGCAGAGCAUCCUCACCAAACUUCAAAACCCAGAGCUUGAUGACAGCCAGCGGGAAAAGUACCAAGCUAUGGCCGAUAAGAUCCACAGCAAGAUCAAGACCAUCAAGCUAGCAGGUUCUGCUCCUGCCAGCAAGUUCACACGUUUGCGAGAUUCUCAAAUCUUGUCCGUGGGUCACGGGAUCAAGCUUCGUAUCUCCGACAAAGUCAGUGGCUUCUUCUUCGGAAGUGCCUCUGAUUCCGUUCAUGACAAUUUGGUCGAGGUGGUGCGCCGCAAUCCAGUGGCAGCCACCAGCCUUCUCAGAACUGUGUCAUGGUUCAGUGUUGUUGGGAAUGUUGUGUCUGCAACCAGCUGUGGUGUCUUUCUAUGUUUGUACUGGACAAAGUGUGGUUGCGAUCGACCUUUGAGGUGGUGGCUCCUACUGCAGUCUCUCUUGCAAAUUCUUCAAUUGCCUGUUCGCCUGGUGCUUUUGUGCAUAAUUCGCUUUGCUGAGGAGUCUGGUGCCGACUUGCAGGAGCGCAUUGUCUCUUUGACAUCUUCCCAGGCAUGGCAAAUGAGCAAGAAAGUGGCAGUCUUCCAGUACGGCUGGUUCGUCUUGGGCAUGGUAUGGUGGGUACACACAGACGAAUGUCCGGAGUGUCCCUCGAUUUCCAAGCUGAUGGCAGCUGUCAUGGCGUUGUCAGUUUGGCGUGCUGGCCUUGCAGUUUGCACCUUCAGGGCUUUCUUCGGCCACGAAGAGAGCCCUGACAAGGCACCAGCAGCUAUUGGGGCCACACAUUCGCAGAUCUCGGCUCUCCCAGCGUACCAUUUUAAGACGUGCUGUGCAAAGGGUGAAGACGCGCAGGAGCCUUGCUCCAUUUGCUUGUCUGGAUUUGGCGAGGGAGUUCUGAUGCGAAGGUGA